AUGUCGCCACCGCAGCAACCAGCACUGAUUCCAAUUCGUUCGGCUCCUGCGAGGCUUCCAGAUGUCGGCGUUGAGGCUACAAACACGAUCCAAAAUUCAGUUACUCCCCGAGGUGAAAUCGAACCAGCCGCUGGGGAGAAUACCGGCCCUGGUCCUAUCGUGAACAUCCGCACUCCAACUUUGGACACGGCAGCAGAAAAUCUUCGGCCACCGCUCAUGCUGGAUACUAGUACGCACCUUAGGCCGAUCUCACCGGGGGGGGUUAUUUCCCCGUCUCCAAGAAGCCCUGCCCCGGAGGUCAUGAUGGAGGAUUUGACGGACGACAUCCUUCCUCAUGAGAUCCCCGUAGAGGUGACAAUCACUUGGCAGGGACAGGAAGAUUGGAACCACAAAUACGAUGUCUCCUCGUUUCCCUGGAUCCAGAAAGAUAGGUACAAAGACCUUCUACCAACGAGAAUCAUAAGAAAGCACAUACAAGCCUACCACGAACUGGAGGACAGGCAUGUCUACCACCGUCACGGCAUAUGUGGGAUCAGUGCGUCCCCCGAGCUCAUUGUCGAGACCCCUUUCUGCUUUCUUGGAGACUACGAAGUUUCAACUUUGAUCGACAAUGCGAUCUCACUCAUCUGCGGCUUUAUCCACGAUCAUCCACGGCGAAAGUUCUCCUUGAAUAUUUACUGGGCUUGCGGAUACGCUCAAUUAAGCCCACAGCCUAACGCACACUUUGCAGGUAGUCAGAAUUUCAAGGAGAUGAUCAGAGCGGAGUUGCUUAGGAAGCGCCAAACGAAUUUCCGAGAUCAGGACUUCAUUUCUCGUCGAGAUGAAACGCCCUUCCGGACAUACGAAGUGGUGCGUGAUCUUGUGUUCCUUGACGACUCCCUCAGGAUGGACGGCACUGAAAAGAAAACAUUUGUCGAUCAAAUAGUAGAGCGUCCGGCAUUCAAGCUGAUGCUAAUUUGCGUCUACCAGGGUUUUGGAUUGGUCUUUCUCCAUCACCUUCUUGAUUAUCAUGACUGCAGCGACGAUACACCACCACGACACAACAUGGUAUGCUUUUACCAACUUGAAUGCCAAGACCGGGUCCACGAGAUUUUACGCUUCAAAGCCAUGUUUGACGUAAGAAAUGUUGACCUAGACUUCAAACAUCACAAUCUCGAGAGUGGAGAGGUCAUGCCGUUGCUUCGCGGACCAAGUUCUACACUAGAGUCUCGCGGACCAGAUUCUACACCACUAGAAACGUUUGGCUCCGGUGCAUCCGGUACAGUGUACAAGGUCUGGAUCGAUUCAGCGCACCAUUAUCUCACCGGAGAUCCAUCGUGUUGUUUUGCUUUGAAACGAUUCCCUCCCGAGCGUGGAGCGGAAUUCGCUCGAGAAAUCCAGAUGCUCAGAGUCCUCGCUGACCACCCGAAACCUGACAUUGUACUUCACAUUACGAGCUGGACACAGUCAGAAUACCAUUAUAUCCUUUACCCAGCCGCCAGAUCCAAUCUUGCUGAUUACAUGCAGAGUGUAAAGCGCGUGGGUUUCGCGAAGCACGAAACUCUAUGGUUUCUGCGCCAGCUGCGAGGGCUGGCGCAUGCCAUUGAUCACGUUCAUCACUUGAAGCACCCCACCAAUACGGAGCCGAAUCCGGCCAAGGAUGCCCACUGGGGUUCUCACUUCGACAUCAAACCUCAAAAUAUCCUGGUCUUCGAAAAAGUCCCGGGCUAUCAUCCUAGGUUCAAGAUUGCAGAUUUUGGAUCGGGCGUGUUCAAGCCGGCAGGGGGCCAGGAAGGGCAUUCUGAGUUGACCUCAGAGACGAGAGGCACACUGACUUACUUCGCUCCCGACUUCGACCGGAACGGAAAGGUGUCACGACCAUUUGACAUGUGGGCUCUUGGUUGCGUGUACUUGGAACUGAUGCUCUGGGUUUUCGGCUUCUUCGAAUCAAGCGACGGGAGUUUUUCAACCGCACGCUUCAACUGCACAGGCGCUGCUCCACACAACCGGACCGAUAGGUUUUGGGAGAAGGUCUCGACUUCACAGGGGGUCGAUUACAAGCUGAAGUCAAUCGUCACGGAUGUCAUGGCAGAGCUGAGAGAGAGAUGGUGCGUCAACAUGCCCGCUUUCCAGGGUAUCCUUACAGCUGUGGACAAGCUUCUCGAAAUCGAUACCGACGGCAGAUGGGACUCGGAAACGUUGAAGACCCACAUGAACCACAUUUACCGAGAAGCUGAAGCGGAUCUUCAGUAUACGAAUAUAACGAAGAGCUCGUUCUACUCUGCUCAGUACAAGGCCAACUGCCGAAAUGAAUUUCUGAGGCAAACCGGGCAGGCCUUGGCCAGUCUACAAGCUGAAGGAAGUUGAGGUUGAACCGAGGUCUACGACCACAUCAGGACCAUCCCGACCAAAUCGUGACUCAAAGCACGGUGCCACUGCUAUUGGAGAGAACCGUCAGGCCCACCACGCUGAGGAGACUGGGCCGCCCAGCCUGGCGAAUUUAAGUCUACUUCCACUUCCGACAUGUCGCUUUCUCCAGAUGCCAAUACUGGUCUUACUCUCCGAUGUUCACGCUUUGUCUCUAUCCGAUGGCUUGAGUAAUGUCCCUGAUUCAUGCUCUUGCCGCAGUAAGAGUCAAUUUCUUUGUCGCCUGGGUCCAGUCUCCGUGGGCAGGAACAGAAAGGCUUCCCUGCCAUGGCACGGAAAGAUAACUUGUAUCAGAUUAAAAGGGUUUGGAGGUGCAACGAAUACUAUGUGGCGCGAAGCAUAUUUGCUGGCGGGCUGAAACUGGGAUUAGGCUGGGUUCGACGCAGCUUCCUACUUCAAUACACACCUAAUCCCGGUCAGCAUAAUGAUAGUCAUCCCUUAUCAGGCGGGAAUCUGUUCAUGCUUUCUAAGAAAAUAACGCAGACUCAGGAUACGAAAGCACCAUGAUGAGAACUGGGGAUUGAUGGAGGACUCCGAUGCUUUGGGCUUGUUCGUGCUAUCACAUCGCUAGAUUCUGGUGAUAUUGGUGACGAUCUCCACACCAACG